CAAAUACACUUUACUCUUUGAUCAUACAUAUCACAUGGGUUGAAGUUGUUUUGUUUUUGUGUAUUCUUACUUUUGAAUUUUUAACCUAUUUAAUUAUGUUAGAGCAAGUACGACGUGUUAUUUUAGUACUAUCCGGUAAAGGCGGAGUAGGCAAAUCUACAGUGAGCACACAGUUGGCUUUGACUUUGAAAGAACGCGGGUUUAAGGUAGGACUCUUGGACGUCGAUCUGUGUGGCCCAAGCAUACCAUACAUAUUAAAUUUAGAAGGUAAGCAUGUCCACCAAGGUCCUGACGGCUGGAUCCCUGUCUACAUGGAUGAAGACCAGCAACUAGGGGUUAUGUCAAUUGGUUUCCUGUUAAGUUCUCGAAAUGACGCUGUUGUCUGGAGGGGCCCAAAAAAAACUUCCAUGAUUAAACAGUUUUUGGAAGAUGUUUGCUGGCAGGAGCUCGAUUUCCUUGUUAUUGAUACUCCACCAGGAACUUCAGACGAGCACAUAACAGUAAUGGAAAAUUUGCGAACAGUGCCACAAUGUUCUGCAAUCUUAGUAACGACUCCGCAGCAAGUAGCCAUAGAGGACGUAAGAAAGGAGAUCACAUUCUGCAGAAAAACUGGCAUACCUAUAAUGGGAAUCAUUGAAAACAUGAGUGGCUACGAGUGCCCGUCGUGCGGCGCGUGCGCGAACGUGUUCUCCAGCGGCGGCGGCGCGGCGCUGGCGGCGGCCGCGGGGCUGCCCUUCCUGGGCGCGCUGCCGCUGGCCGCGCGGGCGGCGCCGUGCGCGCGCUCCGCCGCCGUGCUGGGCGCGCUGGCCUCGCGGCUGGCCGCCUGCGACUCCCACGACGCCCCCGCCGCCGCCGACGCCGUCGCGCCGUAAAUGACAGGCCUCGCUUCCGUUCUAGACGUUUAUUCUUUCAUGUCCUACGAGUCUAAACUCUGUGUACGAAAUAAUUUGUCAUACUUAUAUAAACUGUUGUUCCAAAAUCAUAUAUGUGUUUUAAGUUUAUCUGCCUAUUUUGUGCUCAAAAGCUAGUCUUCCCCGCCUCGCGAUGUGGCACUCCUCCCUAAUUCUCGAAAGGAAACCGUCGCUGCUAAAACGUUUUUUUAAUACCUUGUCAUUUUUUUGUUUUAUAAUAUUCCAGAAACAAAGUUGUAAUAUAUAGGCGUACAUUAUUUAGACACACGAGUAGACAGCGAGACAAUGCGAUAUGCUGGAAAUAUAAAUAUGCUCCCUGAGGGAAAGUUCUUAAUACAAUCAUUUGGUAAAUGCGCUAAAAAAUCGAAGGUCGUAUUCGGCGGUGCACGGUUCUACAUGAUUUAUCAAACAUAUCCUUGAUCUUAUUGUUUUAACAAAAAACUUUUAUUACUUCAGAAUGUUUAAACGGGAGUAAAGGGCACUUAAUAUUAUGUACACUUAUUAACUUGUAUUGCUUCUUCGGUUUCCACAAUUGUUAUACAUAGGAAAUGAAAUUCUGACCAUAACUUGGAUAUAAAUUCAAAUAAAACAAAGAUUAUGCAAUUUCACCCACCGCAAAAACUCCACUACACUUAGUAUAUGCAUAUAAUAACACGCCUAUAGAAAUAGUACACAGCUUCACUUUGCUGGGUUUAAAUAUAGACACGCAUGUGAAUUGGAAAUGUCAUAUACAAAAAAAUAAGAAAAAGUUGUCGAGUUUCACGUACACAUUGAGAGAGAUAAAGAAGACUACUGACCUAAUGACUGCAAUGGCCGCUUAUUAUGGCCACACUUAUUCCCACCUAAGUUACGGAAUUAUCCUUUGGGGAAAUAGUGUGCACGCACGAGAAUUAUUUACAAUCCAGAAAAGAUGCAUCCGUAUUCUUGGCAAUUUGCGUAGUACGGAUAGCUGCAGACCGCACUUUAAACAAUUUAAAAUUUUGACUUUGUGUUCUAUAUAUAUUUUAGAAAUUUGUAAA